AUGUUUGACAGCUCGCAGUAUCCCUACAAUUGUUUCAAUUAUGACGCCGACGACUACCCGGUGGGCAGCUCCGACGAGCAGAAGCGGCUCACGAGGCCCGCGUACAGCUACAUCGCGCUGAUCGCCAUGGCCAUCCAGCAGAGCCCCUCGGGCAGGGUGACCCUGUCCGGCAUCUACGACUUCAUCACGCGCAAGUUCCCCUACUACCGAGCCAACCAGCGCGCCUGGCAGAACUCCAUCCGCCACAACCUGUCCCUCAACAGCUGCUUCGUGAAGGUGCCUCGGACGGAGGGCCACGAGAAGGGCAAGGGUAACUACUGGACGUUGGCGGCCGGCUGCGAGUCGCCUGACCUCUUCGAGAACGGCAACUAUCGAGGCGGCGCCGGCGCCGCGGCCCCAAAGCGCGAGGGGGCGGGGCAGGCGCGUGCUGGGGGCGCGGAGGGGCCGCAGGGGCCCCCUGAGCCAGCCCCAGGCCCGCCCCCCGCCCCUGCCAGCCCGGCUGCCCUGGGGAAGGAGGAGCACAGGGGCAUCAAGUUCAGCAUUGACUACAUCCUGUCGGCGCCGGGCCCUUUCCCGGGGCUCAAGGGUCCCUACGGCCAGCAGGAGGGCAGAACCCCCCGGCUGGAGGCCCAGCCAAUGAACCUCCACCUGUGGACCAUAUGA